AUGUACAAGCGGCGCGAGAAUAGCAUGAAAUGGGAAACCCAUCUUUGCCCGGAGAUUCACAAGAAGAUUGAAAAGACUAUUGAAGAAAGCAGAUGCUUAGUCAUAGGCCGAUCUGAUGGUGAUAUUUUUGAAGUUGUUGAUAAGCAGGGCAACCAUGUCGAUUUACGUAAUAGAACUUGUUCUUGUCGUCGGUGGGAAGUAUACGGUCUUCCUUGUAACCAUGCCUGCUGCGCAAUCUUACAAACUGAUGUAAACAUUCAUCGUUAUGUGGAAGGCUACUACACAGUCGCAUUGUACAAAGAAGCAUAUGAGAGUCCAAUAUUCCCUGUACCAGAUCAUGACAAACCGAUGGAUGCGGGUCGACAUCUCCGUAUUCAUCCACCUAUCUCAAAGAAGAGACCCGGACGAUCAAGAAAAAGGAGGAUUGAAUCACAAGCAUUUGGUGUUCGUGACUUACAUUGUAGUCGAUGCCACAAAGUUGGGCAUAACAGGGCCACAUGUAAUGAAGUAAUCGCAGACUAA